UUCAGACCGGUAAGCAGUAUGCGAAAUGGCGAUUCCAAUAUUCAGAGCUUCAUAUGGUCCACUCUAUUAUUCAUUGGAUACAAGAAUUUCGGUUCCCAAGAAGAAUAGGUUGUUGUCUUCUGCUUCAUCUCAACUCAACCCGCUCCAGUCUCGUGUCCUUUAAUGUGUGUAAACGAGAUGAAAUGAAGCGGGUUGAUUUUUUUUUUAAAUUGUUGUUAGGUCAGAGUUGUCAUUUCGUGUUGGCACGCACCUCAUUCCACACCCCAGUAAGAGGAGGGGAAGAUGCUUUCCUUGUUAGCGGCUAUAAUGGGGGAGUGAUUGCUGUUGCUGAUGGUGUCUCUGGGUGGGCUGAACAGAAUGUGGAUCCUUCAAUAUUUUCUCGGGAAUUGAUGGCCAAUGCUUCAUACUUGGUCGAGGAUGAGGAGGUUAACUAUGAUCCUCAGAUUCUUAUACAAAAAGCACGUGCAGCCACAUCAUCCAUUGGUUCAGCAACUGUAAUUGUUGCCAUGCUGGAGAGAAAUGGAAUUCUGAAGAUCGCAAAUAUUGGAGAUUGUGGACUAAGGAUUAUUCGUAAAGGUCAGAUAAUUUUUUCCUCAUCUCCCCAAGAACAUUAUUUUGACUGCCCCUUUCAACUAAGCUCAGAAGCAGCUGGCCAAACAUACCUUGAUGCCAUGGUUAGCAGUGUAGAAUUAAUGGAGGGAGACACCAUAGUGAUGGGUUCAGAUGGGCUUUAUGACAAUGUAUUUGACCAUGAAAUCGUUUCAACAAUGGACAUAUUCACUGAUGUUGCUGAGGCUGCAAAGGCAUUAGCUGACCUAGCACACAUUCAUUCACGGGAUUCCAACUUUGAUUCUCCAUAUUCAAUGGAGGCUAGAGCUAAGGGCAUUGAUGUUCCUUUGUGGAAGAAGAUUCUUGGGAUGAAGCUUACAGGCAUCCCUUAUCUGCUUUCAAAUAUGAUAUAUUCCUUUGUUGUUAUUACCAGUGCUGAUCUGAUUGUUUUCCUCGUACAGGUGGAAAGCUGGAUGACAUCACUGUAAUCGUUGGUCAAGUUGUGAGUUCAGGAGAAACUUUGAUCUCCUGAACGAGGUCCAAAGAAUAGACCACCAAAUGUAUAUCUUAAUUUAUUUGCAGGAGACCAUUGUGAUAAAUAACUGAUUAAUGGCUUAUUGAAUUUGCGUUUCCAA